UCCACCUCAAGCUAAAACCUCCACGAGCCUCUAGCUGAAAUCAAAUAUUCACAGAAUGCCCUGUCGUUCCCUCCACCUUAUCCUCGUGGUUAGCAUCGCCGCUCUCAUCUCCGGCGAUGUAGCCGCCAUCCGUGAGCGUGAGCGUGAGCCCGUCGCUGGUGCUGCUCCUCCUCCCGGAGAUGGGCGGGCUGGAUUCUCUCUCCCCGUCGUUCACUGGAGGACCAUGGCAGAGGUCGUCGAGGAGGAGAUCCAGUUGGCAGCCAAUGCCACCGCCAGCGCAACGGAGCAGAAGUUUGUAGUGCCAUUCCGCCAUCGCCGCAGGUACUCGUUGUACCUGGUGCAGCUCCGCAUCGGCGGCGGAGCUGCCGGCCGAGUCCCGUCAAGAUACGUGCUGUUCGACACCGGCAGCGACCUAUCGUGGACGCAGUGCGUCCCUUGCCAGCGCUGCAACCGGGGCUAUUAUCUGCCGCUCAACGCCAUCAAAUCCGGGACCUACCGGCACCUCUCGUGCGAAGAUCCAUUGUGCGAGCACGGGACUGGCACGCAGUGCUCCAUGAACUACGUCUCUCCGGGCGCGACCGAUGACCUGUGCCUGUUCCGGAGGAGCUAUGGCGACGGCAGCAAAGUGUCAGGCUAUGUAGGGUCUGACAUCUUCCGUUUCGGUAACAGCAUCGCGGGCGGCGGCGAUGGCUACAGCUUCGAGCAACCUGUGGCCUUCGGCUGCGCGAUGUAUGAAAGCACCAGCGCCGUAAGAGAAUACAGCACUGGUAUUCUCGGUUUAGGCAUCGGUCCCCUUUCGUUCGUCGCCCAGGCAGGCGUGAAUAAAUUCUCCUACUGCGCUCUGUCACCGGAGCGAAAUGAUCUCCGUGACGAGUGGAGGAAAACCACAAGCUAUCUUCGGUUCGGCGAUCAUGCUGUCACGUCCGGCAUGAGGAUUCCGUUCAAGCAGGACGGCUAUCGCUACGCCAUCAGCCUCAAGAGCGUGACGUACCGGCGAGGAGGUCGCAUUGAUCAGCAGCAGCCCGUGCCCAUAUUCCUCCGUGAAGAGGAGGCGGAGCAGCUGCCCAUGCUGGUGGACUCCGGGUCAGCGCUCAUCUGGCUUCCCAGUGUCAUCUUCGACCCUCUGCUCAAGAGGAUCGACGACGAAAUAGCUUUGGUCAGAGUGUCCGAUCCCACUUCUAACCCCAACAUCAACUGCUAUUUUGGGGAUAUGUCAGAUGUCGAAGCGGUGUCGGUCACGCUCGGCUUCAAUGGAGGGGCAGAGCUCGAGCUGUUUGGAGAUACUCUCUUUACUGAAGGUUCAGCCGGUAGUUACGUUUGUUUGGGGGUUGCCGGCGGCGAGCAAGCUGCACUAGGGAUGAUUGCUCAGCGUAACACCAAUGUUGGGUAUGAUCUAUCCAACAGAGAUUACUUUUGA